AUGUACACGUGUAGCCGUUGUACAGGUACAGCAAGGCACAUAACGUCACUUCCUCUGACACUGUGUAUCGACGGGCGACGUCGACGGGCGCAAUCGGACAUCCAGAGCUCUUCCCGUUGUGAUUCAGCCUCCCUUUCUUUUCAUUCAGCCGCGUACGGAGACUUCAACGUAUGAAUCUGAAGCAAGGACGUAUUGAUAGCUUCUGUAUUCGUUGAUGGUUCGUUUCUAGUGCGCAUUUCGGCCUCGAUAAAGUGAACUCUGGGUUUUUCAUAUUUUUUA